CUUGGCAUUGUUAGCAUGGCUCCAAGAGGCAUGAUCGCCGUGACAACCGUUCUCCUCUGCUUCAUACUGGGCUUGCUCGGCCCGGCUCCAGCUGCCCUGGGUUCCCAGAUGGGUAAAGCCUGUUGCACCAGAUACAACAGGAAGCCAGUGCCCUUCCAGCGCAUAAAGGGCUACAGAGAACAAACCACCAAGGAAAACUGCCGCAUCGAGGCGAUCAUUUUCUACACGGUUAAGAAGAAUGAGAUAUGUGCAACACGCAAAGAUGAGUGGGUGAGGAAGAUUCUAGAAUUACUCAGUUCAAAACUGAUGAAGAUGUCGAUGACCGGCUCUGCUGCAGGUGAAAAGGAGUAAAACCGUCAUUCAAUGAUGGAAGUGAAUCUUUCAUCAGUACCACAGAAACCUUCCCGAACAGCACUGAAAGGUUCUAUUAGCAAAUAUCGUGUU